UAGCCGGCACCUAUAGUUUCAUAUAUUUUCAUUCAUUCACACGUUACCUUAAAAUAAAAACAAACCUUCACCAAACCCCUUCACCAAUUCACGUAACUUUCUUUCAUUUUCUCUUCUUUUUCCUUAUACUUUUCCUUCCAAACUCACCAACAUCAACAACAACAAAAAUCCAUCAUAUACCAAAAGUGUUGUAAAUUGUGAAAAAACAAACAAAAAAUUCACAUAACUUUCUUUUCAUUUUCUAUUGUUUUUCUAGCUUUUUCCUCAUAGUUUUCCUUCCAAUCUCAUCAAAAACAACAACAAAAAUCUAUCAAACUAUAAAUCAUCAUAAACCAAAAGUGUUGUGAAUUGUGAAACAAAACAAAAAAUCACAUCACUUUUUCUCUUUUUCAUGCCUUUUCCCUAUGUUUUUCCUUCCAAACCCACCUACAAAAAUCUACAAUAAAUCAUAAACCAUAAUCAAAAACCAAAUUUUUUGUUGUUGUGAAACAUCAAACAAACAAAAACCAAAACAAAUCCUAAACCCAAAAAAAAAUGGAUAGACUCAUAAAGUUAGAACCAUCAAACAUAGUACUAAUAAAAGUUGAACAAGGCCAAAAAUGUCAAGGAAAAAUAACCUUAAACAAUGUCAUGUACACUAUGCCAGUUGCAUUUAGGAUUCAACCACUCAUCAAAACAAGAUACACAAUCAAACCUCAAUCAGGAAUCAUCUCACCAUUAGCAUCACUCAUCAUAGAAAUCACAUAUCAUCCUCCACAAGGCUUAAACUCAAAUCUUCCUCAUUCUUUUCCUUACUCAGAUGAUUCUUUUCUUCUCCAUAGUGUUCUUGCUCCUGGUGCAGCCAUCAAAGAACCUUCAUCGAUGUUUGAUUCUGUUCCAAGUGAUUGGUUCACAACAAAGAAAAAACAAGUCUUUAUUGAUAGUGCUAUCAAAGUUAUGUUUGUUGGAUCACAAAUUUUGACUCAACUUGUUGAAGAUGGAAACUCAAUGGAUGAGAUUAGAGAAGUUCUUGAAAAGAGCGACCCUUUAUUGGAAUCUGUUAAUUCUAAAGACUCAAAAGGCCAAACUUUACUUCACUUGGCAAUUUCCAAAAAAAGACCCGAUCUUGUUCAAUUGUUGUUGGAAUUCAAGCCUGAUAUUGAAGCUACUAAUAGUGUUGGAUCAACUCCACUUGAGGCUGCAUCUUCUUGUGGUGAAGCUUUGAUUGUUGAGCUUCUUUUAGCUCAUAAGGCCAACACAGAAGGAUCAGAAUCCUCGACGUUUCAACCGAUUCAUCACGCUUCGAGAGAAGGACACAUGGAGAUUCUUAGACUUCUUUUACUCAAAGGAGCAAAAGUUGAUUCUUUAACAAAAGAUGGAAACUCAUCUUUACACAUAGCUGUUGAAGAACAUAGAAGAGACUGUGUUAGGCUUUUGUUGGCGAACGGGGCAAAAACCGAUGUUCGAAAUACAAGAGAAGGUGACACACCUUUACACAUAGCAGCAGCCACAGGAGAUGAGAAUAUGGUGAAGUUGUUACUUCAUAAAGGGGCUACAAAAUAUGUGAGAAAUAAAUUAGGUAAAACACCAUUCGAUGUGGCUGCAGAGAAUGGUCAUUCGCGCCUGUUUGAUGCGCUUCGUUUAGGGGACAGUUUAUGCACGGCUGCUCGAAAAGGCGAGGCGAGGGCAAUCCAAAAGGUUUUAGAAAGUGGUGGAGUGAUCAAUGGAAGGGAUCAAAAUGGUUGGACAGCACUUCAUAGAGCUUCAUUCAAAGGUAGAAUGGAUGUUGUUAGGUUACUUGUGGAAAAAGGUAUUGAUUUGGAUGCAAAAGAUGAAGAUGGUUAUACAGCUUUGCAUUGUGCAGCUGAAUCAGGACAUGCUGAUGUGACUGAGUUUUUGGUUAAGAAAGGUGUUGAUGUUGAAGCAAGGACUAAUAAGGGUGUGAGUGCUUUGCAAAUUGUUGAGUCGUUGAAUUAUGUAGGGAUUACAAGGAUACUUGUUAAUGGUGGAGCUAGUAGAGAAGGUUUAGGUGAAAAAGUACUAUUUGCACCUGCUAAAAUUCCAAUUGGGAGUACUAAAAUUGAAGGUGGAAGUGUGACGAUCAUGAAGAAAAAGAUGAGUAGUAGAACUAGGGUUCUAAGGGGUAGUUUCGAUCGUUCGAUGCCUUUGGCUGUGCUCUAGUAUUAGAGUCAACAUGAGGUUUUAAACUGUGGUUACAAUUACGGUCGCAAAUGCGAUUACGAUGAUGUUGUGGUAUUUGAUAUUAUAGAAAAUUGCAGAUAAAUAUAGUUGAUGCAUAUGUAAUUUAAAACAUUGGGGGAUUGUGGCUUGGAAGAUUUGAAUGAGAAGAAAUUGAGAUGGUUUUAUUUUGUGAUAUGGUUGUAAUUUUAAUAAUUAAUAGAAUUGUAGAUUUGAUAAAUGAGAAGAAAUUUCUUUGUAA